CAUAUAUCCAAUAGAAUGAAAAUAAUCAUUCGUAGCUAUGGCAUAAACAGCAUCAACGACAAAAAAUACUAAUAGAGGAGCAAAUCAGAGCAGAUUUGAGUGAUGUAUUGUUGUGUUAAGGCCGCGCCCUCUAUCCGUAGGGGUGCAGUUUGCAACAGAUCAUUGAAAAGCGACGAGUGAAGAACAGGAAUUAAUUGGAAGUGUACCGUGAUUCGUUUGUGUAUCGGUGGUGAUAUUAUUAUAUUUCGAGAUGUAGUGCUCUCAACAAGCGGAAUUCAGGCGGAUGCAUUCCUGUGGCCCAACUAUAGAUAUACGUUUGCGCUAUGAAAAGUCAGUGUUUCGCAACACCUGCCGAUUGUUAUCGUACAAUCAAAAAGUCCGAAUUCAGCGACGGGCAAUCAACACGAUCCGAGAACAAGAAGUUCCUCAGAACGUUUCCUUGGACGGUCAGGACACUCGCGACAAGGAAAGAGACCUACCCCUCAACAAUAUGCAGUCCAAUUUCGAACGUCUGUGGAGUAAGUUUAUCGAGAAGAAACGAAUGGAAGAGCUCAGGCAACAUGAGAUUAACCGGCGCGCUCUACCCCUUCCUGACUACGUUCCUCCAUUGAGACGAGCACUUCCUGACACACAAUCGGUACCUCGUUACCUUCAAAGUACCUACUCGGCACGAAAGAAAAUGCUUGAUGUGCCUUCGGCGAUCGGCCGAGCACAGCCAACCGUGUUCAAUAACAACAGUAGUAACGUGCAAUACAACAGUUAUAGCAACCACACCUAUAAUAAGACUACUUCACCGACGGGCCGGCCGAAAUCGCGUUCACCGAUCGAUAACUUGUACACGGGCGAAACGCGCAGGACGCUUGUCACUUGCGCGACUGCUAGCAGUGCGGCAAAACAGCGCCCACCAGUUCGCCUCCGCCAGCAGCAACAGCUCAGUCAGAAGAUUUCCGGAAUUGUAAACAACAACAACAGCGUCGCCAACAGUUCCAGCAGCAGAAGCCGUAGUUGUCAUUCCCUAACAUCACACAAUCGAUCGUCGUCCAAGAAAAGCUCCACGCCUGUGGGACGCAGCACGUUGAAGCCUGCUACAUCCGAUACGGAACUAUCUCGCCGUAGCACAUCUCCUUAUGGAGGCCCCCACGUUAGAGAGACUACUUCUUCCUCAAGUUACCCACUAGACUAUAAUAGCUAUUCUGGUCCGAAAAGCUAUACGUCUUCCCUUGUUUGCCAAAGCAGCCUUCAACCGGUUACCCUCAGCCCGAGACUAGCUCGCCGUAGCCUGACGGCCCUUAACAGACUGACCCAGAUUGCCCAGGAAGGUCGAAAAAAACUUGAAACAAACAUAUUUCCCUCAAAAACAUCGAGCUCGUCAACGCUACGCCGAACUGGAACAUUUACCAAGGAGGACGACAUUUCCACCAGAGAUGUCAGAAGAAGUGGCGUCCCUUCAUCUUCGUCACGUCAAAGGCCAGCUUCAAUUACCGAACCCGGCCUUUGGAGAGGGUCCUAUGUCAAAUAAGCGUCUAGACACCCGUUUGGCAAGCAAAGCCUCGACGCGCAUAAAUCACCUCACUGACGUGAACGCCAAUGAUAGCCAUGGAAUGACGACUUCCUAAAUGCACCAUAAAUGCAAAGGGAGUCAGCACUUGACUGAAACCUUUUCCAUCCCCCCGGGAAGUCUUGACUCUACGCGGUGUGGCCCCAGUCAGCAUUUUGCCCUUGCUUUCAUAGAAUAUAAUCUGAUUUAACGAUUUCUGAUUUUAUCCAUUUUUCAAUCCUUCGUUGAGUUCUUAUUACGUCGCACCAAAGCUACAUGAUACAAUAUAAAUAUUAUUUAUUUUCAAAUAUUCUAUACGUUAUGCAACAGAAUUGUGUUCAUAUAGCUUAGAUAUAUAUUUUGCAAGAAUAAUAUGAAGCACGGUGACCGCUCUUCGUUCGUUAAUUAUUUCUUGCCUUUUCUCCUUACCUCUAAUUAUCUCGCUGUUUAUUAGACGUAUUCUAUAUUUUAAUAUACGUUUCAAAUAGACGUAUUCAGGGUACAUUGAACCAUGAUAUUUUUGUUCAUUUUUUUCAUACAGGACAAAAGUACUACCAGAAAGGUACUAGGUGAUUGUCAUAAGCACGAUCGGAAAUUAACUAACAGACGCUUGCGUAAAUCUUCGUAAACUUAUAAAGUAUGAAAAGCGUGUCCCAAUAAAAAUAUAUACCGCAUAUUAAGAAUGAGCUGUUGUUUAUUUAACUGCGACAUUCGAAUAAAGGUCAAUAAACGCAUAGACAAUGGUACACAACAUAUUAUUAUGAUAAUCGUCAAUAAAAAAAAACAAAGGAUUUUGUUGGUUUUCUUA